CACCCGCUAAGCCUUGGUUUCCAAGUUUGUGGCGGCAGAUGGGACGGAUGGUUUCCCGAGCGUCCAAGUCAUGCUGCUACCAGUCGGCUUGACCAGUUAGAGUCCUGCCCACCAGGCCGGCACUUCCCGGAGGAUGACUGCGGAGCCGGGCGCCUCUCGACUGCCUCGAUGCCUCUGUUCUUCCUCAGGGCUUGGCGUUCUCGGGGGACGCGACUUCCAUGGCUGCAGCCAGCGUGACCCCUCCCGGCUCCCUAGACGUGCUGCAGCCCGGCUUCUCCAAGACCCUCCUGGGGACCAAGCUGGAGGACAAGUACCUGUGCUCAGCCUGUAAGAACGUCCUGCGCAGGCCCUUCCAGGCACAGUGUGGCCACCGCUACUGCUCCUUCUGUCUGAGCAACAUCCUCAGCUCCGGGCCCCAGAACUGUGCUGCCUGUGUGCACGAGGGCAUCUACGAAGAAGGCGUUUCGGUUUUGGAGAGCAGCUCGGUAAGGGGUCCUGAGGCUGAACACCCAAACGAACAGAAAACACGCUGCGUUUCCUGUCGUAGCACCCGCGGCAGAUGCCCCUCAGCAGCUGGAGGCUUUCCCCGACAAUGCUGCCCGCAGGGAGGUGGAGAGCCUGCCAGCCAUCUGCCCCAGCGACGGCUGCACCUGGAAGGGGACCCUCAAAGAGUACGAGGUAGGCCUGCCUGCGGCACUGCCCCCGGGAGGCCACCUCCCACACGCCGUGGUGCCAGGUGGGCCUGCGUGACGCUGCCGUGUGGAUCUGUCGGACGUCUGUGAAAGCGGCAGCUGGCACUUCUAAUGUGCCCACUUAGAUACCCAGUCGCACGAACCUAGACCCUUCCAUGGAGCCCGGCGGUGGCCUCAGUUUCCUGACCUGU